AUGUGGAAGACCCUUGUCGGCAAGUUCCAGCCCCUACCCGCAUCGUCUUAUGCCGACCAGAACGAACGCGAUCUCGAGCGGAGCUGGGACGAGCGCGACACAACAGGCCUCACAGGCGUCCCAGACAACGCAACCUCCCCCGCCGAACUUGGCCAGUUGCGCUUAGCAUUCUUUGCAUGUAUGGAGGCCGAGGACGAUAAGAAACGUAACGCCCAGUUUCAAACUGCUUUGCAAUUGUUUGCUUCGAUCUUUGGGAGACAGGUCUCUGGUCAACUCGUCAAUGAAAGUAUCCACGAUGUCAAAGCCUUCACUGCCAUGGCUAGUGCACAAUUGGUCAACGCGAUCCUUGCCGUAGAACAGCAAUCCUUACCUAAGAGGAAGGCCAGUCUCGAAUAUAUGAAGGUCUUGAGGAAGACAGAGACAUUCAACGCGCUGAAAGCGAUCGAUAUUCUCUCCAAGGCACCCGACAACUUGUUGGCGAUAUUAGUGCAGCAAAAGGUGCAUUCGGGACUGUUGGGCGUGUUUCUUACAUUUGUCGAGUUCCCAUCACAGGAGUUUGAAGAGCCUCUCGGCCAGAGCGUAGCAUCGAUCUUGGUCAUUUCGACCCUCACAAACGCAUUGAAGAGGCUGCUUUGGAGGAAGCCUGUUAUUUCAGUAUUGAUCGAGAAUGAUGAGCUCUAUGGGCUUUUCGAGACCCUUGUUAUCCAGAGGAGCAAGAUCGCAGGGGGGGACCCCGCAGAGCUGUACAUCUGGAAAGCAAGGGUGAUGGACGUUGUAGACUUUGUAGUAGAGACGACGGAGACGGAUGUCAUGCCCUACCUCCACUCGAAGAACUGCGCCAAGCUACUCUCAGACGCACUCAGCGAGUAUUUGGUUGACGGAAGCAUCGACUCUGUACAUCGCGAAGAGGGUAUCCUGAUCCUCCGUGUCAUCGUCAAGCUCAUCAAGAAAUCCUCCCUGAUGUCGAGUGUGCUGCUGGAUGAUUUCAAGACCAACAAGAUCUACGAGACACUGGCAAUGCUCCUCGUGUCACCGCCCUUCGAUGAGGACAUGCUCACAUUCAAAUAUACCAUCACAUCGCUUAUCGAGGAACUGGUGUUCAUUGACAAGGAAGCGUUGCCACCACCAGAAGAAGGAACGCCAUAUCAACAUCAAGACUUCUCCCUUCCUGUUGUUGGUCCCGAGCAUGCGGGCGCUGUCGUUCGUAAUCUAGAGGCAUGUCAAGUGCUAGUAACGGCAUUAUUAUACCCAGACAUUUCCAACUUGACGCUCUUACCAGCUGGCAAUAAGGACCAAGAUGCGCCUCCCAGUCAGUUCACGCUCACGGUGUUUUCCACUCUGCUCUCGAUUAUCCGCGAUCACCCUAUGAACUACUUUUUGCUGGAGCGGCUCAACAUUCUUUCCUAUGCGAUCGAACGCCUGGACAGUUACCACCCAGACCUUCAGCUAUCAGUCAUGGAGUUGUUCACGUUCGUUCUCAAGGAUCUGAACUAUGUCCCAUUCAGAGAUCUUGUCAUCCUUUCUAUUCACUUUCAAGGCACGUCGUCACCCAGGACUACAGCCCUUGUCUGUGAUACAGUUGCUAACCUGCUCCAAUCAUCACCCAACUUCAAGGAUGUCCUGCGCGAAGUUGGAUUGAUCGAUAUGUUCUGCAACAUGCUGGAAGAGCUCUCCAUUGUCCUCCGCGAGACGUUCGGAAGCCCUCAGUUUAAUAACCGUCUUUCUGUCGUCGAUUUCGGGAAAGCAUUCAGCCCUGACGACAGCCAGCGUCAGAGGAAAUACGGAAUCGAAGUCGUGCACCACUUCAACAGCAUCAUGGCAUGUCUAAUCGAAUUGCUGCGAGGCAGUCGGAGUAACAUUGCACUCUUCCAAUCCACAUUUCGAGGUGACCUGUUUUCGCUGCUGCAUUACAACGAGACGAGAGACGGGAUCCUGAAGGUCAUCGUUGUCCUUGUGGUGGAGAGCUAUCGGUUCUUCUUGGAGGACAGGGAAAACUCCUCAGCGAAGUCGCCACCCAACAGCUCUUCAAGCUCGCUUGCAACCAAGGUUAUGUCAGCUCCCUACCAGCUGACACAGCUCUGCGAGAUCCUGCAGUCCCUCAACCGAUACGACUUCAAGAUGAAGAUGGCCAUUUUGAACGCUCUCAACCAAGUGUUUAUCGAAUGCACAGAGCUCAAGGAGGUGUUCAGGGAGGGUGGAGGAUAUGUCUCGAUCGUCUCGCUCCUGAUCCGCCUCGAGGACGCCUACCUCACGAUCGACAAGUUUGACCAACUCAACCUGCCCAAGCGCAGGCAACGGAGAGACCCACAGACUGACGAGAGAAUCCCGACCAAGGAGGAUAUGAUCGAGUUGCUCACUAAGGUCUUCUCCGUUCUCUCGGAGUCUAUGCGGGAUCAUGCGGGCAAUAGCAGCUAUUUUGAGGAGCACAUCGGCUUUGGUUCUCUGGCAGACGCCCUGCAACUGACCGGCGUCUUUGGACCCAAGGGCGAUGCUCCUAGCAUGUUUGGCAUUCUUUUCUCAUUCGCGAUCCAAAACGAGUCAGUUCUCCACAUCUUCAAUGACCCCGAGGAGGUCGAGCAAGCGCCAGAGAUGGUUGCCAAGUGGCUCAACAGCCCCAAGAUCUGUGUACAAAACCCCCACGUCGUUCUCGGCAUCUGGAGGAUAUGCAUGGGCUUGCAGGACCAGGAGUCGCUCGCCUUCUGUGUCAUGAUGUCGCUGUUUGCGUUGUCAUGCGCCAAUCGGAGAAACCAGGUUCUGAUGGGACAAACGGGGAUGUUGGACGAGCUCCUCAAAGCCCUCUUCGACAACCCACCACUUCAGAUUGACAAUGGCGCAGAGGAAGACCAAUCGAUGGAUGUCAGUGGCAAUGUCAUGCGCGACAUCAUGAUUCGACUCUCCAAACGUUUGAUCGAGAUGGGGAUGUCGUCGGUCGGGUUCCGCUAUCUAAUGGAGAAGUUCAGCGCCACCAAGCAGAUCUCCUUUGGCGAGUGUUCAGGACUCUUGGACAUGUUGUUGCAUGGAGUUACCCAUUCGCGGUGGCCCAGCUUUGUGCAAUUCGACGGGUAUAGUCGUUUGGAUCUGCGGUCCUUGGGCUCACACAGCUUUCCUCCAACUAACGGCUACACCUUCCUGGCAUGGCUCUGUAUCGAGUCGUUUGACGAAGAGCUGCCGAUUCAGAUUCUCGAGAUUUCGGACGAGGAUCAGCGAUGCUUCCUCAGCGUGCAGAUCGAGCCCGAGAGUCACAAACUGGUUGUAAGCGUGUCGCACCACCACUCUGUCGUGUUCAACUUUUCAUUCGAGAUUGGACGAUGGUAUCACCUAGCCUUAGUGCAUGCCAAGCCGAAGAUGAGCAUUCCAGGAGGGUCACUGUCGGUCUACAUCGAUGGUAUUCUAGGCGACAAGAUCAAGUGCGGUUACCUUAACUCUCCCAGCGGCGAAGUCAAGGGAUAUCUUGGUCGACACCAAAAGCCCAAGAUGACAGCCAAGAGGGAAGGCUCCACUCUCUCCUGGAACUUGGGCCCUUGCUACCUUGUGGAUGAGCCCCUAGAUGUCCAGAUCAUGGACGUUCUUUACAACCUAAGCCCACGGUACCACGGCAACUUCCAGGACUCUCUUGGCAAGUUCCAGACCUACGAGACCUCCACUGCGCUGAACAUCAACCUGGAGCUCGCUCGUCGUCGCUCCUCGCCUAGCAGUCGUAACCACGAGGAGCAAGUCGCGUUGAUGAACGCUAUUCGAGGCACCAUUGGCAACAGUAUCCCAGAAGACAAGCUAGUCUUUGCAUUCUCCGGAAGCAACCUCUUGGACAGUGCAGACACUAGGACAGUCGGCACGAUGGCUGGCAUUCUUCAGAAGGACCAGUUCUGCAGGAUUUUGUUCAACUCUGCGAUUCCCAGGAUUCAACGCGGCAUCAACCCUCUGUCAGCCAUUGGAAUUUUGGUUGGCAACCCUCUUGUUGCUGCUCCUCGCGGAUUGGACGACUCUAUCUGGAAGGUCGGAGGCUGUGUCGUUGCCCUGAGGAUCGUCGAGAGUGCCAAGGAUACGGCUACUCUUGAGAAGGCCGUGCUGUUGCUGGACCAGCUUAUCAGAUGUAGCUGGAGAAACUCGGAGGACAUGGAGCGUAUCUUUGGUUACGAGAUUCUGGGCUACAUCCUGAAGCAGAAGAAGGCAUUAUUCUCGAUCGAGAUGAUGAACACACUGCUCAGUGUCGUCGGAAUGGACUUGGAGUACCCCGAUGACUCUGUGAUUACCAACUCGUUCGCCUUCCGCCACCUGAUGCUGGAUAUGGACAUUUGGCGAAAGACCGACACAGAGAUCCAGCUGCUGCAUCUGGAGCAGUUCAAGAUCUUUUUACAGCACAGUCACAAAUCAUCGCUUAAUGUGAAGCGGCUCAGCACCAUGCACGUGGUGAAGAAGAUGCUAACGCCUCUGCGGACAGGAAACUACCCCGUCGUUCAACUUCCUCACUACGUUGAUGCCAUGAAGACCGUUGUCUUUAACCACUUCUCGACGGAAACUGUCCGAAACUUGGCCACAUUUCUUGUUUCGACGUUGAAGCAGACUGUUCCCAAUCGCACCAUGUCAGUGUCGUCGCAGAAACAUACGGAGAUCAAGGCUGAGGAGUUGGAGGCGACCAAGGCCUCCCUCAAUGUCGAUAUUGUCUUUGACCCCAAGGAGUUUGUUGUCCCGUCGACCCUUCGAUAUGCUGCUAUGGGCAAUGCCAUCAUGGAGAUGCUGGAACAGAUUCUCUGUGAGCGUGGCAACGUGGACUAUGUCCACAAGUUUGCCACUACCAUUACCAACAAGUGGACCCUUCUCUUUAUCGAGAACUCGGGCAACCCCUACGGCGCCGUUCUUUCGAUGAGGAUCUUGUGUCGUCUGCUUUACACCCAGGGCCCCAACUACCUCUCCAAGUUCAGGAACUCGUAUGGAUUCCUGGUCUUGCAGUCCUACAUUCCUCAGUUCUGGAACGUGGUGCCCAUGAUCCACGUCGUCAUUUGCAUUCUUCUGGGAGUGGAUGUCUGUGAUGUUCCACUGAGGGCACCUCUGGACAAUGAGACGCUUCACAUGCUCUAUGGUGACUCUAUUGAGGCAACUGGUCGUGUCCCAUGCCCCGAUAUUUUGCCCACAUUGAUGAUUAUGCUCAAGAACGGAGUUGCUGCUGCCGUUACCCCAGCCAACAGUAAGUCGCGUGCGGAUCAGGAGCGUGCUGGAAGAGUUGUGGAGACCUACCAGACAUUGAUCGACUUUUUCUCGGAGAUGCAAUCAUCCUCCAGGACCUUCAAGGAGAUCUUUGUCCGGCAGGACUUUAUUGAUGAUCUGGCAAGUAUUCUGUUUCCGUUCAUCUGCCACAGUGGCAAGGCUAUGGCGGCUGAACUCGAGCUGGACUACUUGGAUUCUGAGCCAGCUUCAGCCAGGACGACAACGGAUUCACCUUCAUCUGCAACUGCCCCAGUCACCAGUGACCCAGAAUCUGGGGCAACUUCUUUGGCAAGGCGGACGUCGGGACGGACCUCCUCUAAGCAUUCGUCCAUGUCGUCCUUCGCAGCCUCUACCGAACCUACACUGGAACCCGAGUCUGCCUUAACGACAACCAGCACUCGAUCUGAAUCUUCCCCUACCACUGGUUCCCCCACGGUGACGUUUGCGACUGCACUUGGCACUCCUACCGCGGCCACCUCGAGCCUUUCCUUGACGGCCGCCCAGGCGUCGUCUCUUCAGGUUUCGCAGACCUUUUCUGAGGGAACUUUCAGAAGGACGGCUUCAAACAUUAGCAUGGGUCGUGUGCGAGAUGUCGAUCUUAAGGUUGUGCAGGAACCCAUUGCAUUGUCACUUCUCAAGCUCAUUGUCGUAAUCUCGAUCGACUCUAUUCUUGACCCGGCUCUUCGGUCCUUGGCAGCAAUCGAUCUGCUGCUGCAAUCAUGCCCACCAGCAUACAAAGAUCACCAGAUCUACUUCCAGAGCUUCCUACUAGGGCACGUGGUCAUCGGCUUGGAGCAAAACAUUCAGGCGCAGCCCGAGGCGUUGGCUGACAGUCGCGUCAUGGCCAACGUGGUUCUGUUCUGCGAGCUCAUCGUCGACCUGACAUGCCAGGGCUGGUUCGUUGGAUCGUACCUCAUCCAGUUUGAUCUCAUCGCCAACGUCCUCGAAAUCAUCUCACCCGAGUCAGCCGCCGUUCCUUCAGCCACUCCUACUCAACCAUCUCGCCCUGACGCAGUCAAGACCCAAUUGACUUCCUUGCUCUACCGCCUUGUCUGCUUCACCCUCGGGCAGUGCCAAAUCGGUCAUGAGAUUCAGACAUCAAAACUGGAGGCGCUCUUGGACAAGUGUAUCUACUUCCAAAAGAUCCUUCUGAGCAACAGCCCCGGCGACGUCGAGUUCAUGAAGUGUCUGAUCCUUCACUUGUUCUCCUUCCUCCCUGACGCAGACGCCAAGACGAGAUCCAACAUGAUGAUUCUCAUCAAGCUGGUGUUCUUGAUGCGCCCUGUGGAGGCUUCUGGGCUGCUGAAGCUCAGACCAACGAACCCAAGCGACGACGAGGAUUCUGCAGACGAAGGCUACAGCGCUCUUGUCGAAGGGAACUACCCUGAGUUCGUCAGGUGGCGCGCUGCUCACUCUCCCGAGCUGGAAAUGAUCUUUAUCGAUUUCCGCAAGUCUUGGGAUGCUAUGAUGUCGAUUGAGACUCGCGUCGGUGAAGACUCGCAGCGACAGCAGUACAACCGCAGAACCCAAAAGCUGAAGCGACUCUUCCGUCGCCAACAUCUCGAGCGCAACAUUCUUCAACAGUGCAAACUCAGGACGCUUAGCUGGACGCGCAGCAUUCAGGAAAUGGAGGAAGUCCGGUACGCCAAGUCGCUCCAGGAUCUUGACGACCACGUUCGCUUUGUCAAGAACGAAUGGAAGAACCUGGUCCGCGAUGUCUGCAGAAAGGGAGCCAUCUGGGAGGAGAAGGAUGGCGCUAGCGCGCUCACGCCUCCUACAAGAUGGAGACUUGACUUUACCGAGGCCCGGUCCCGUAUGCGUCGCAAGCUGCGAGUUGAGGAGAGAAAGUCAGAGGAGUACUUGCCCAAGCAGGGUGGAUCAUCAGCCUCGGUGGAUGCCAAAAUCUCCAGCCUGAGCAUUCCCAAGAACAUCAAGUCAAGUCCAUUGCCAUUGCAAGCCUCUGCUCUGCCCAAGAGCAAGAUUGACAAGCUGAAGGACGCCGAUGUUGCUUCUGUUGCCUCCUCAGUGGACAAACUUCCGGAAGCAAGGAGUGAUGUCGAUAGUGCAGGCGAAAGCACUCUCGUUCAUGAUACCGCCUCCACUUCCGGAUCAGAGACCGCAACUGUCCCUGAGCAGGAAGAAGGAUCGACGACCGAAAAUGGCGAGUCUGUUACCGCUGAAGCGGAUGACGACGAUCGCGAUGCCGAGCCGGCUUUUGAGGAGGCAGCCAACCGCAAGAUCCUUCGACUUCUUGAGGCCGGCGAUGUGGUUUACGAGGUGUACAACAUGAGUCGAGUCACUGGCCUGGAUGCAGUUGAAGGCUUGCUUCUGCUUUGCAAGCACAACAUGUACCUCAUCGACAACUAUUUCCAGAAGAUGGAUGGCGAGGUUGUCGACAUCAGCGAGGUUGCGGACUCUGAGCGAGACCAGUACUUGCAGCUGUUGGCCUCCAACAACCCACCUGUAUCUCAGCCUGAGGCUGACACUUCGGAGGUUCGCCAUCAGUGCAGGAAGUGGCGUUUCGAGGACAUUAAGGAAGUGCACCGUCGCCGCUACUUGUUGCGCAACGUCGCUCUCGAGCUGUUCUUUGUCGAUGGUCGCAACUACCUGAUCAAUCUCAACCUUCAACAGCGUGACAUUGUCUACAACCAACUCGCCAGCCGCGUGGGAUCGCUCGCCAACAACAGCCUUCAAGUCGGUGAUCGCUCGGCUAUGGUCGAUCCCAACAGCAACAAUAACCAGGCUCCUUCCUCACUCGGGUCCAAGUUGGCAAACAUUUUCGCCCCUUCGUCCAUCGCGGACAUCACGGCCAAGUGGGAAAAGCACGAAAUUUCCAACUUCCAGUACCUGAUGCACCUCAACACUAUGGCAGGAAGGACCUACAACGACCUGACGCAGUACCCCGUCUUCCCUUGGAUCUUGGCAGACUACACCAGCGCGGAACUCGACCUCACCAACCCCAAGACCUUCCGCGACCUCUCUCGGCCUAUGGGUGCUCAAUCGCCUGAUCGUGAGAAAGACUUUAACGACCGGUACCACACAUGGGACGGAGGUGAUGACAGGACUCCACCUUUCCAUUACGGAACUCAUUACUCUUCGGCGAUGAUCGUGUGCUCGUACUUGAUCCGUCUGGAGCCCUUCACUCAUGAGUACCUGAAACUCCAGGGUGGCCAGUUUGAUCAUGCCGACCGUUUGUUCCACUCGAUCGGAAAGUCCUGGGUCUCGGCCUCGCAGAAGACCAUGUCUGAUGUGCGUGAACUUAUCCCAGAGUUCUUCUACCUGCCCGAGUUCCUGAUGAACUCCAACGAGUUCAAUUUUGGUACCUUGCAGACGACUGGCGAGCAGAUUGAUCAUGUCGCAUUGCCUCCUUGGGCCAAGGAUGAUCCCAAGGUCUUUAUCGAGAAGCAUCGCGAGGCCCUGGAGUGUGAGUAUGUCUCUGCCCACCUUCACGAGUGGAUCGACCUGAUCUUUGGACACAAGCAGCAAGGCCCAGAAUCUGUCCGCGCUGUGAAUGUGUUCCAUCACUUGUCGUACGAAGGUGCCAUCGAUCUAGAUACCAUUGACGACCCUAUUCAAAAGUCGGCGACUAUCGGUAUCAUUCACAACUUUGGACAGACUCCGCGUCAGCUCUUCAGGAAGCCACAUGGUCCUCGUCUUCCACCCAACAGGGACCCUCUGAGCCCCAACUACUACCACCUUGCCAGUCAUGCCGAAUACUUGACCCAGUCUGUCAACCCCGUCAGAGACAUUGGAUUGCCUGUGGGAGAUAUUAUUUACCAGGGCGACAAGGCGUUCGUUGGCCACAGUCAGCGUGCAUACGAGCCCUAUGGAUGCAGCAAGUAUGUCGAGUGGGGCUUCUCCGACAACUCGGUGCGUCUCUACCAGACGGAGACGAACAAGAUUCUUGGUAUCUUUGAGAACGUCCACUUGGAGGCGAUUACCGGCGUCAAGUGGGCGGAUGACCGUACCAUUGUCACAAUCUCUCGAGAUACUGUCGUUUGUGUGUGGAGGAUCGUUCAAGGUCGCUCGUAUGAGCUCAAGUUGAUGAAGUGUCUCCGCGGCCAUCGAGAGACUGUUCAUGCAGUGGCGAUCUCGGUUGCUUACUCGAUCAUUGUCUCCGGCUCAGAGGACAAGUCUUGCAUCAUUUGGGAUCUCAACCGUCUGGAAUAUGUGCGACAGUUGGGUCGACAUGAGGAUGGUGUCCGCGUUGUGGCAAUCAACGACGCGACAGGCGAUAUUGCGACAUGCUCAGGACCAGUGUUGAGACUUUGGACUGUCAAUGGAGACAUGAUCCUUCAAAAGUACACGACCCAGAUUGGAGACCCGAUCUUGGACUGUGUGUUCUACUCUGGAAAGACAGGAGAGUGGUUGUCGAGGGAGAUUGUGUUGACGAGUCACCGCCGCGGAAUUAUCAAGGUCUGGGAGAAGGCUGUCAUUGACGCUGAGUACCAGAAGACAACGGCGACACAGGGUGGAGCGGGUCACCAGCAAGGUGGCAGGUCCAGCACUAGCAACAACUUAUCGAUCAGCUCGCUCCAGAGCUCUGUAGACUCGAUGCCCCUCUCCACCGAUAACCUGGCGGUCACCCCCGUGGCUGUUGUGGAAAUGAACGGCACGGAGAAUGGAAGUCAUGAGACUGGCGGUCUUCCAGAACUGGUUACAGCAUCUGGACUCUCGAUAUCGAAUUUGUCGAUUGCAGCCGGAGAGGACGACUCUCUUACUUCUGGAUCACGGACUCGCCAGUCAUCUCAGCUUGUCGCGGUGGCGGGUAGUGAUAAGCCCAGGAGUGCCAAGUGGGCAUUACGACUCCGUCAGGCUUACACGUAUGAAGAUCGGUUGAGGAUCGACGGUGGGCUCAUCCCUAACAUUGUCUCCCUAUACAUCUCCAGUGCACGGAGAGCAUUGUACACUGGAGAUUCUCUUGGAAGGGUUCACGUCUGGGUGUUGCCCGAUGGCAGUGGAUGCACUCAUUGGAUGCAACCAGGCCGUGACACGGUCUGUGUGAAUUGCCAGACACGAUUCCCCUUGCUCGAGCGGAGGUUCAACUGCAAGACGUGCGGAGGCAUCUUCUGUGGAACAUGCACGUUUGUGCCCAUCUCGGGAUUUGCUGAGAAGCAGGCACGGUUCUGCUUUAGGUGUUCGGGUGGCAAGUUGAAGGAGCUUAUGGGAUAG